UACAUACGUAAGUAAGUGACGCGAAUCAAGAUCGGUUAUUAAUGCAUACAUUUGUACAUAAAAUAAAACCAAAACAAAUUUCUUUAUUAGUUAUAAAUUAACCAGGGUGUUGUAUGUAGUGUUUUCACGGUACGGUCGUUUCGAAAUAAGGUUUCACUAUAUAAAAACAUUUUGAUAUUCAGAAGCAUUGAUUGAAGUGAUAGUCACCAUGCCGAUCCUACGAUAUUAUUCAAAACACACAUGGAGCGAAUCCCAUAAGUUAAGAAUAUUAAAACAAAUGCAUCAAAUUUGUGAAAAUAUUUCUGCAUUAGAACUGGAGAUAUGCUAUCAUGUAGAAUCAACUACUCCAAUUGGAAUCGAUACACAGCAAGAAUUUCUGCUGCGGUGGUUACUAAAAGAGGCACAAUGCGACGUAUCUUCAUUAAAGAAUAAAAGCUCAUUCAUUAGCCAAUCCCAUUCCUGUCUGAUCGAGAUAGGUCCACGUUUUAAUUUUUCCACUGCUUUCUCAACAAAUUGCGUUAAUAUAUGUCAAAAUGUUGGCUUGAAUCAUGUGAAUCGAAUAGAGUCGUCUACUCGUUAUUUUAUUGGCCUAAAUUCAAUUACAUCACUUACAGAAAAAAUGAAGUCAGAAAUCAUUGAUUUACUCGCUGAUCGUAUGACCGAAUGUGAAUAUACCAGCCAAAAUUUACCGAUAAAUAGUUUUAAUGAACAUCUACCCAAAAGCCAAUUGCCUUGGUAUCACGUGCCUAUUUUGUCUGAUGGCCGUCAUGCGCUGGAGAAGGUUAACUCGGAACUGGGACUAGCAUUUACCGAAUGGGAUAUAGACUACUACUUUCUCCUCUUUAAAGAAGUCUUAAAAAGAGAUCCAACAACAGUAGAACUCUUCGAUUGCGCUCAGAGUAAUAGCGAGCAUUCCCGUCAUUGGUUUUUUCGUGGGAAGAUGAUCAUCGAUGGACAAGAACAACCUGACUCUUUAAUUAAAAUGAUAAUGAAUACACAAGAUCAUACAAAUACCAAUAAUACUAUUAAAUUCAGUGACAAUAGUAGUGCCAUUCGCGGUUUUUCUUACAAAUCAAUACGGCCGCAAAAAUUUAAUGAACCGAGUCGCGUCCAACUCACGGCAACAGAAUCGGAUUUAAUUUUUACAGCGGAAACACAUAAUAUGCCAACGGCAGUUGCGCCAUUCAGUGGAGCUACGACCGGUACUGGUGGCAGAUUAAGGGUACGCACAACCUUACGAGCAAAACAAUUUCGAAUAUCCUAAUUCUUUUGCAAAACCACUUAAAGUUCUAAUUGACGCAAGCAAUGGCGCUUCCGAUUAUGGCAACAAGUUUGGUGAGCCUGUAAUUACCGGGUUCGCAAUUUCUUAUGGUCUUCAAGAUUCUAAUGGUGAACGCCAAGAAUAUGUUAAACCUAUAAUGUUUAGUGGCGGAAUGGGCAUUAUGGAUUCAAGAAUGCGUCAAAAACAUCAUCCGGAAAGAGGAAUGUUGCUGGUGAAAAUAGGUGGACCAGUAUAUCGAAUCGGAGUUGGUGGAGGAGCUGCCAGCUCUGUAGAAGUACAAGGUUCAAGCGACUCUGCUUUCGAUUUUAAUGCGGUUCAACGAGGUGAUGCCGAAAUGGAGAACAAACUAAAUCGUGUUGUGCGCGCUUGCGUUGAAAUGGGAGACGAGAAUCCGAUCUUGGCAAUACACGACCAGGGUGCUGGAGGUAAUGGUAAUGUUUUAAAAGAAUUAGUGGAACCUGGUUUUGCUGGCGCCGUUAUAUUUUCCAAAGAAUUUCAGCUAGGCGAUCCUACAAUAAACGUCUUAGAGUUAUGGGGGGCAGAAUAUCAAGAAAACAAUGCGCUGCUCUGCAAACCUGAACGUCGUAAGUUACUGGAAGAAGUUUGCUUACGAGAGCGUUGCCCAAUCAGCUUCGUAGGCGUUGUUACUGGAAAUGGAAAAGUGACUUUGGUCGAAAGUGCAGCCCAAUUUGAACGGGCUCUGAAAUUGGUUAAUGACUUUAAUUCAUUGGGCGCCAUUCCAUUCGAUUUGGAGCUAAAGCAUGUGCUUGGGGAAAUGCCAAAACGAGAAUAUAAAUUGGAGCGUAUUCAAAAAAGGCUGAAGCCGUUAUUGUUAAAUCGAAAUUUCGAUAAAGACUAUUGCUUGAAGUGUGUUUUACGCCAACUGUCGGUUGGGAGCAAACGUUUUCUUACCAACAAGGUUGACCGGUGUGUUACAGGUCUUGUAGCGCAGCAACAGUGCGUAGGGCCUUUACAGAUACCCUUAGCUGACUACGGUUUGACUGCAGUUUCGUACUUUGGUAAUGAAGGUAUUGCAACUUCGAUUGGCACGCAGCCUAUAAAAGGUCUUUUAAGCUCAGCUGCUAUGGCGCGUAUGUGCGUAGCUGAGGCACUUUCCAAUUUAGUGUUUGUAAAAAUUACCGAGUUGGCGGACGUAAAAUGCUCAGGAAACUGGAUGUGGGCAGCGAAAUUGCCGGGAGAGGGCGCCCGAUUAUAUGACGCAUGCAAGGAAAUGUGUGACAUUAUGAAAGAAUUGCGCAUAGCAAUCGAUGGAGGAAAGGACUCACUUUCUAUGGCUGCGAAAAUCCGCGACAAAACUGUAAAAUCGCCAGGCACUCUCGUUAUUUCGACGUACGCACCUUGUCCAGAUAUUACCGUGAAAGUCACACCGGAUUUAAAGGGCCCCGCGAUAUCUCAGCAAACGGCACUUGUUUGGGUAAAUAUCGAAGGCAAGUUUCGUUUGGGAGGAUCUGCACUAGCUCAAGCGUACUCUCAGCAGGGCGACGAGUGUCCGACAGUGUUACGAAGUGAUAUUCUGGAGAAAGCAUUUGUUACUACUCAAAAUUUAUUGCAACAACGAAAAAUCCUUGCUGGCCACGAUAUCAGUGAUGGUGGUCUCUUAAUAUGCCUAUUGGAAAUGUCAUUUGGGGGUUUGAGUGGAAUUCAAGUUGAUUUAAGCAAUAUAAUGGAUCAGUUGAAGGAUGCCCACAUCGAUAAAGCCGCAGAAGAUAUUGGUAAACCAGAAUUAGCUAUCUUAUAUGCUGAAGAGUGUGGCUGGGUUAUUGAAGUACCAAUGAGCAUACUACCUGAAGUGCAAGCCUCAUACAAUUAUAGUGGCGUACCUAACUACCAUUUAGGAGUAACAUCUGGCCAUGGUCUAAAAUCUACUAUUAGCAUAAAAAAUCAUUCCGACAUCAUACUUCAAAGCGAUGUGCAAACACUGUUGAAACAAUGGGAAAGAACCAGCUUUGAAAUAGAAAAGUUGCAAGCUAAUCCAGAUUGUGCCCUAGAAGAAUAUAACUCCCUGAAUUAUCGUUUCGCUCCACGUUACCACUGCAAUGUUGAUUUUAAUGUGGAACUGACUGUGUAUCGGCCAACGAAGGUUGUAACGGUUGCUGUAAUACGCGAAGAAGGUGUCAAUAGCGACCGAGAAAUGAUGGCAUCCUUGAUAAAAGCUAACUUCGAAGUUCAUGAUGUAACUAUGUCAGACUUGCUAAGUGGAAAAACGAAUUUGGAUCGAUACCGUGGCAUAGUGUUUCCGGGAGGCUUUAGUUACGCUGAUACUCUGGGAUCUGGUAAAGGCUGGGCCGCAAAUAUUAUGUUCAGUAAUUUGCUUAGACCUCAGUUUCACGCAUUCAAACGACGACAUGAUACCUUCUCGUUGGGAGUGUGCAAUGGAUGUCAGCUUAUGGGUUUAAUUGGAUGGGUAGGACUUGCCGACCCAUCUAAUACGCAAUUUAUUGAUGUGCCAGACGUUGCCUUACUACAUAAUAAAUCUGAACGUUUUGAAUGUCGAUGGAUUACCACACUUGUUGAGGAUAGUAAUGCAAUGAUGCUAAACAAACUGAAAGGUUCCGUUUUGGGUUGUUGGAUAUCACACGGAGAGGGAAGAUUUUCAUUCCGUAGUAACGAUGUUCUAAAUUCCUUAAAAUCAAAGCGAUGCGUUGCAAUACGAUAUGCCAAUGACAAAGGCGAAGCAACAGAAUUAUAUCCAAUGAAUCCAAAUGGAAGCAUUGAUGGCAUAGCUGGUCUGUGCUCCGAGGACGGGCGUCACUUGGCAUUAAUGCCGCAUCCCGAACGUUGCAGUUCCAUGUUCCAAUGGCCAUAUGUUCCAGCUGACUUUAAAGUAAAUUCUAUGGAAAGCCCAUGGCAGAUAAUGUUUAGCACUGCAUAUGAAUGGUGUACUAAAUCUUAGAAUUUAUCAUUCCUAAAAACUAAUGGCCUUAUUCUAAAAAAAUUAAAUAGAUUUUUAGCUAUAUAAAGUGACAUUUUCAUACAAAUUUUCAAUUUAUAAAGCAGUUAAAGUCUUCUUUAUUUUUUAUGAAUUUGGGUGUUAGUGUUCGAAGAAAACAAGUUAAGAAACACUAUAUUUACUUCUGCUUUGCAGUUUAAGGAAUACUUAAUAUGUUACUCCUUUUUAAUAACGAUACAUGUACCAAAUUACAUAAAUAUAAAUAUGAAAAUAUAAAAAAGUUUUAUUUGAUUCAUCUUGCUGAAGUUUAUCCACUUUUCUACAUAUGCGCAUAUAUCAAUGCUUAUUUUAAAUCAAAAGAAAAAAAUUUCUUGCAGAAAUAUAUUUUUUUUUGUAAUUUAAUUAUAUUCCAAAAUUUGUAUUUGUGUAAAAAAGAUAAAAAUAAAUCAUUCAGCCAAAUCUAAGCAUAAAAUUAAUCUGGUAUGAUAAAGGAACUUAUCUGAGUUGUAAGAGAAUGCAGUCAUUUGCGAAUAAUUAGUCACUAUUCAGACACAAUUUUGGUGACUAAUUAUUCAUUUUUAAAGUCUUUUUUUUGUUAACCAUUUGCAAUAAUUUGAAUAAAGUCUCUUUUCUAAGUCAAUUGAA